AUUUCUCGUUGCCUGUAGUGUUAUGCACCAAAUAAAAGUUGUAGUAAGGACACACAAGUCAACACAUUCGAACCGGAGUACACUACUGCUAAACCGUGGGCGCAUCUGUCGAUCAAUUUUCGACCUAAUUCUAGUGUUAACAGGAACUAACAGAAGUGGAGCGACAGAAUGUCCCAAGACAUGGAGUAUGUCGACCUGGUGCGCACAGAUCUGGAGGGAUAUGCGCCGGCCUCCAAUCUUGCUUUUAAUGAAAGGAUAAGAAAUUUGAUUGAACAAGGAGGAAAUGUUUAUCAUUUCGCCUUCGGACAGUCGCCAUUUCCAGUAAUACAGAUAGCUACUGAGGCUUUAAGGGAAAAUGCCCACCAAAACGCCUACCUCCCCGUGGCAGGUUUACACGAGUUGCGCCAUGGCAUCAGCAAAUUUCACGCAAAGUAUGACAACAUUGAAGUGGAUCCCAGUGACAUUAUUGUUGGACCAGGUAGUAAGGAGCUGAUAUUUCUUCUUCUACAAAUAUUCAAUGGAGACGUGAUUGUGAUUUCACCAUCAUGGACGACAUACAAACCCCAGACAAAGCUAUCAUGCCACAAAGCAUAUGUGAUAGAAACAAGCAUAGAAAAUGACUGGAAGAUAACACCAGGGCUUGUACAACAGUUGAUGAAGUGUAACAGUUUGAAGAAGAAUCGAUUGUUGAUCCUCAACAACCCAGACAAUCCUACUGGAACCAGUUAUAGUCAGACAGAACUCAAAGCACUCAGUGAUGUCUUCCGUGAACACAACAUUCUGGUGUUGAGCGAUGAAAUCUAUGGUCGUCUGCAUUACAAUCAGUCCCAUGUUUCUAUGGCUAAGGUAUAUCCUGAGGGUACAAUACUAUGUACAGGAUUGUCCAAAUGGGCCAGUGCAGGAGGAUGGCGGAUUGGCUAUCACAUAUAUCCACCACAGUUGUCUCCCCUGAAGAAGGCAGUCCAGAGUGCUGCGAGUCACACCUAUUCCUGUGCUCCAGCACCCAUGCAGUAUGCAGUAUCGAAGAUGUUCAAAGACUUAGAUGGCUGUGAUGAGUACAUGAAGCAUUGUUCUAGAAUCAUGGGAAUGGUAGGAAUGUACUGUCACAGAGAACUGACCUCGGUGGGAGUAAAUGUGGUAAAACCAACAGCUGGCUAUUAUAUUUUCCCUGACUUUGGAGUUGUUAAAAAUAAACUCAGGCAGCGUGGAAUUGAGACAUGUCAACAAAUGUGUGAUGCCAUCUUUGCUGAAACUUCUGUUGCACUGAUGGCAGGUGGACCUGCAUUUUUGCGUCCCAUUGAAGAACUUACCACUCGUCUCUGUUAUGUACCAUUUGAUGGUAAGCCAGCACUUGUCGCCAGUCAAGCUAUCGGUCUGGAUGUUGGAUUACCAGAAAAUUUUGUCAAGGAAUACUGCACACCUGUGUAUGAUGGCAUACAGGUUUUGAAGCAGUGGGUAACAAAGCAGCUGGAGUCCUAGAUCUACCUAGUCAAUGUUUGUGAUUAAGUGCUGAUUCAGGAAAAAAGACACUGAAAUGAUUUAAAGUUGUCUUUGUCUAGGCAGUAUUUAGUAUACAUGCGUGAAAAGAUGUGUGAGAGUUUGUUUUGUGUAAGAACAUUAUAUCAGAAGAAAUGGAGGAUUAGAAGUAAAUCCUCAAACAAAUUAUGGUAGAAAAAAACAAGUAGGUUUAAGUCACAGAGAAGCAAUAGCCAAAUAGAAAAGAUAACCAUAAGGAAUUCAUUGUACUAUCAGAGGUUUAAUAUAUGGUAACUAAAACAUACCUUUACACAGGAAAUGUUAGUGGUCAUAUUUGUCUAUUUGGCCAAAAAAGCUGAAAGUUGAUCUUUUAAUUUUGGCAACUGGUCAUACUUCAGAGAUUUCAACGGAAAUAAUAUGUACAUGGUAAACAGGUAUGCUAGCCAGAGGACAAAAACUUAUUUCUACAUUGAUCUGGAUAUAUAGACACAAUGCCUGCAUUAAGUACCAUUAUUAUUUAUUAUGCAUACAAGUAAAAACACAGAUGAAAUAAAUGUACCAAAAUAAUUACAAUUAAUGUGUAACUUUGUGAAAGUAAGGAAACUGAAUGUUUGAAGGCACUCUCACAUUCUUCCAAAGUUUCUAUAAUUUACAACCUAAAACCAUACAAAUAUUAGAAAACAAUUGAAUGUUGUGCUGCAAAAAUGACUGACCUGGAUAAAAAUUAUGUGGAGACUCUUGAAAAGAGACAAUUUUCAUUAUAAUCUAAAUGAAGUUUUCAAAAUGAGAGCUAUGUUAGGGACAACAAAUUGCCAGUAAUUUCAAAACAUUGAUCUGUAUACAGAGGAUCUCAAAUGAGUGUCAAUUUUGGUUGAGAUUUAUGAAGAAAGAGGCCCAUAGGGUCUGUUUUGCUCACUUAUAGUCAGCUUUCACAUCAGAACAGCUUUUCCCCGAAGUAUGAGGGAUUCUAUAAAGACUCAAAUCAUUAAAGUAACUUCAUCCAGUCAGAAAAAUAAAUGAUUUUGAACUUUA